AUCAUUGGGGGUAUAAAAACAUCCUAAUUUUCUUCACCACCAAAACAUAACAUGGAUCUAAAAAUAAAAUCUUAUAUACAAUAAUCUACGCUCCUUCUAAGCAAGGUCAUCAAAAAGGUUAUCUUCUAACUAGUUUAAACAUGAUCAAAACGUUGUUCUACACCUUCCUUCAAACAAAACACCAAGAAGAAAACGCUGAUAGGACAGAUCCUAACUAUCCACUAUUUCCUCAAAUAGUCGAGAUCCGACCCAUAAUUCCUUUCCGUUGGGAAAUCCUCAAAACCCUCACAAUACAUGAAAUAUUUGACGAAGGCAAUCUCCAACUUCCACAUGAUACUAUGAUGAGAUACUUUUCGAAACAUGACAUGUUGCGCACAUAUUUCCAGACUUGUCAGUACGAUUUAUUGGUGAAAGAUCUUGAUACAAACACUAUCCAUUUUGUUAUAUUGUGGAAACACCCACAUGAAGAACAUUUUGCUAUGCGUGAGUCUUGGAUCAAAGAAUUUGUAAAGAGGAGAAAGCUUGUGGCUGGCAUGGUGGUUGGUAUGUAUUGGGAUAUCGUGAAUCACAUAUUUUGUUUCUCAGUAUUAGAGGGAAGUCAGUGACUCAAUAGAUUCAAAAUUGCUAUGACAUACAAAUAAAUAUAUUAUGUUCAAAAUGAGAUCUAGCAAAAAUAAAUUGUGUGAGACUUUUAAUUUUUGGGUUUAGUUAAAGGAAGAAUCAUGUUCGAUUCUGUGUUUUAUUG